AUGGGGGAAGAUGAUAAGAAAACUGUUGCGACCAGUGGGUCUGUAGAGAAAGCGGUAGCCGUAACCCCUUACUCUGUGUUCGCGUCCGACAACCUAGGGGCGUUGAUCACAUCGGUGCAGCUGAAAGGAGAUAACUACAAUGAGUGGGCUACGGAGAUGUUGAACGCACUUCAAGCCAAGAGGAAGACUGGAUUCAUUGACGGGUCUUUGCCGAAACCACCGGAGGGUCAUGCUGAUUUGGAAUCUUGGCUUAGUGUGAACUCCAUGAUCGUUGGGUGGCUGCGAACAUCGAUUGAGCCACGUGUUAGAUCAACGGUGACGUUUAUCACCGAUGCUCACAAGUUGUGGGACAAUUUGCGAGAACGUUUCUCAGUUGGGAAUAAAGUACGUGUGCAUCAACUAAUGGCUAAGUUAGCUUCAUGUAGACAAGAAGGGCAAGCGGUGAUUGAUUACUAUGGACGGCUUGCCAAGAUGUGGGAGGAGCUGCAAACGUAUAGGCCACCACCGGCUUGUACGUGUUCUGCGGGAGCAGCAUAUGAGAAGGAGAGAGAAGAUGAAAGAGUUCAUCAGCUCGUGAUGGGUCUCGACGAGUCGAGAUUCGGACAUGUGGUGACUGCAAUUAUUGAGGCUGAUGCGUUGCCUGAUCUCAGGAAAGUGUACAACAAAGUGAUUCGAGAAGAAGAUAGGCUGAAUUCAGCAAAGGUACGUGAACAACAACAUGAAGCUGUUGGAUUUCUAGCUCGUCGUGAACAAGGGAGUGGUGAUGCAAAUACAGCUCGACGUGAUUCUCGUGAAGAAAGUAAUUUUGGGGGUCAAAGUUUCGGUGGAAACAGAGGACGUGAUCGACUCUAUUCCAACUGUGGGAGAGCUGGUCAUGAGAAGAACUCAUGUUGGCAGAUUGUAGGAUAUCCAGAGUGGUUCUCCGAGAGGAAUGGUAGAGGAGGACGUGGUUCAAACCGAGGCGGUGGUCGUGGUGGUUUUUCUGGUGGAAGAGGAAGAGGACAAGUUAAUAUUGCCUAUGCAACAAGUGUCAAUCCGAAUGUUGCGGGUUCUACUAAUCUCACUCCAGAACAAAUGUUACGUGCGCUUUCUCAGAUGUUGAAAGAAAAAUCAAGUGGAGGUGGUGACAAAUUGAUUGGUAAGAUAUGUGGAGAUGUGAUUCUUGAUAGAGGAGCUUCUCAUCACAUGACGGGAGAUUUGUCUGUUCUUUCAAAUCUCAAAGAUACAUCACCUUAUACGAUUGGUUUUGCAGAUGGAAGUACAACAUCAUCACGACAAACUGGCGUGUUCCUCUCGGUAUCAAAACUCUUGAAGGAUUCUAAUUGUUUUGCGUUUUUCACCGACGCGGUGUGUGUUUUACAGGACCGGUUUUCGAGGACGUUGAUUGGAGCCGGGAAAGAACGUGAUGGAGUUUAUUAUUUUGCGGAUGACAAAACUGCUCGAGUAAACAAGACAGUUCGGAAGGUUGAUGAACAGUUGUGGCAUCAGCGGUUAGGUCAUCCCUCGUUUUCAGUAUUAGCUACUAUGCCUUUGUUUUCUGGUGUUUCUGUUUCUGCUAGUCCAAAAAAACAAUUUGGUAAGGCGGUUAAAAUGGUUCGAAGUGAUAAUGGAACAGAAUUCUUGUGUUUGUCAUCUUUCUUCCGAGAAAAGGGUAUUGUACAUCAAACCACUUGUGUGGGAACACCGCAACAAAAUGGUAGAGUGGAAAGAAAGCAUCGUCAUCUCUUAAAUGUUGCAAGAUCGUUGUUAUUUCAAGCAAAUAUGCCUACCAAAUUUUGGGGAGAAGCGGUAUUGACUGCAGCUCAUGUUAUUAAUUUAACACCAACAAAGUUUCUACGUCAUAAGUGUCCUCAUGAGGUGUUGUUUGGACAACAACCUUCGUAUGAUGAGCUGAGAGUGUUCGGUUCUUUGUGUUAUGCUCACAAACAGAUACGAGACAAAGACAAGUUUGUCUCACGAAGUAGAAAAUGUGUUUUCGUUGGUUACCCGUACGGUAAGAAAGGCUGGAACUUAUACGAUUUGGACACAAAUGAGUUCUUUGUGUCUCGUCAUGUGAUAUUCAAGGAAACUGAAUUUCCUUUCUCUUCUCAGUUGGAAUCCGAACCCUCUAGCUGUGUUGUAGACAAUUGUGAUUUUGAUUGGCUUCUUGACGUAUCGGGAAAUAUUGAAAACAAGGGGAGUGUCGUGGGUUCUACGAGUGAGACGGACUCCCCAGACAAAGUUGUCGAAACAGAGGUUCGUGAAGUUAGUCCUGCUGAUCUUGAUGUUGCAAUUCUAGAAGUUGGACCCAUUGUGUCGCCUAGAACUUCUCCUGCUAGUGUUGUGAAUGAUGAUCCUAGUACCGUCAAAGCUGAAUUAGGACAGGGUAAGCGUACGAAGAUACCGUCUGUUCGAUUGCAAGAUUACAUGUUGUAUAAUACUGUGGCAAGCACUCCAUCUAAUCACGUUCUUCCCGAUCACUCCAUCUGCGAUUCUCUCGUCACGGUCCAAGGUACUUCACUAUACCCACUCACCGAUUUUAUCACUGAUGCACGUUUUUCGACCCGCCACAAAGCUUUUCUUGCAGCGGUUAGUGCAUCAGUGGAGCCACGAAGUUACAAAGAGGAUAUUCAAGACAAACAGUGGACGAAUGCUAUGGGUAAAGAAGUUGGUGCUCUUGAGGAAACUAACAUGUUUAGUUAUGUCGAUUUACCUCCGGGAAAAGUGGCUCUUGACACAAUGUGGGUUUAUAAUCAAGUUUCACUCUGA